UGACCCAGCCCCAUUCCCACAAUUUCGUGGCGUUUUUCUCAACAUUGAAUGCCCUUUCAUUUUGUUUGAUGCAUUUUAUGGUAAAAUUAAGAUUAUCAAUUAUUAUUAUUAUUUUUUUUCCAACGGUAAACCAGUGGGGAUAUCAAUUGGCUUUUUUCAUUAAUCAUAUCCAGAAAUUCAGUCAGAUUCAGAUGGUAAUUAGGUAAAAAAAAGAGUAGAGAGUGAUUGGUUAGAGAGAGAGAAGAAUGAUGCAGUCUUAAGUAGGUGCAGGGGUGGGCUGUCACUGAUGGCAACACAGUCAUGCAUUAAUUCCUCGUUUCGGUCGGUGAAGGCCCUUCUUCUCUUCAUCAAAAGCCUCAAAAACCCAUUCCCCUGUUCCGCAUUCAACUCUCUCUCUUGAACUUCGACUCCAUUUGGCUCAGUCCUUUCUCUCUCUAGGAUUCCGGUUUCUUGGGGGUGGCUCAAAAGUGUUUGGGGAGAUGAAUUUGCUGUCCAUUAUCACUGGAAGGCCUGGGCCAAGUGGGUUUGGAUCAGCUUCCACAGCUGAGCAGGUUACAGAGGGCAUUGAUGCCUCUAAUUUGACUGCCAUUGUAACAGGAGGAGCAAGUGGAAUUGGUUUAGAGACAGCGCGAGUCUUGGCUCUCCGUGGAGCUCAUGUUAUCAUCGGUGCAAGGAAUAUGGAGGCAGCAAAUGGUGCCAAGAAGCUCAUUCUUAAUGAGAAUGCAGCAGCUCGGGUGGAAGUUUUGAGACUUGAUCUCAAUUCCUUAAAAUCUAUCAGGACAUUCGUGAAUGAGUUUAAUGCUCUUGGCGUUCCUUUAAAUAUAUUAAUAAAUAAUGCUGGUGUUAUGUUCUGUCCAUAUCAACUCUCAGAUGAUGGUAUAGAAAUGCAGUUUGCAACAAAUCAUCUUGGUCAUUUCCUCUUGACGAAUCUUCUUCUCGAGAAACUGAAGAAUACGGCUAAAACUACCGGAAUUGAGGGGCGGAUUGUGAACUUGUCAUCUAUCGCACAUCUUCAUACCUAUCACGAAGGGAUACGAUUUGAUAAGAUCAAUGAUCAAUCAGGAUACUCUGAUAAAAAGUCCUAUGGGCAGUCCAAAUUAGCGAACAUCUUACAUGCAAAGGAGUUGGCACGUAGAUUAAAGGAGGAAGGUGCGAAUGUCACUGCAAAUGCUGUUCACCCAGGGCUUAUUAUGACAAACCUGAUGAGGCAUUCCUUCAUCCUUAUGAAUAUACUGAAAGUGUUCACAUACAUCCUUUGGAAGACAGUGCCACAGGGUGCUUCGUCAUCUUGUUAUGUGGCCCUCCAUCCAAGUCUCAAAGGCGUGAGCGGGAAGUAUUUUAUUGACUGCAAUGAAAUUGCACCGGGCGCAUUGGCAAGAGAUGAGGACUUGGCGAAGAAGCUCUGGGAUUUUAGUGACAAAUUGGUGACCUCAUUGUCAAAUCCUUAAGAUUGCAGUGGCUCUGGAAGCUUGGGAGUUUUUUAGUACUGAUGUGGUGUGCCAUUUGCAUAUAAAGUUGGAAUGCUAGUGUGGAUAGUGAAUGUUUUAUGCAGUAAACCCUAAAACUGGCCUUACUUCUGUAAUAUCUGAAGGCUUUCAAUGGUUUAGAGGUGAAACUAAAUAAUGUUAUGAUAGGUCAAGUUAAAGCAAGCAAGGUCCCAAGUUGAAGGGCCAAGAAAUUUUAACUUUGUACCUGUCUCACAAGCUCAAAUGCCAUAGCACAAGCUGCGAGGCCGAAGUGCACUUGUGAGUAGCUUCUAUGACUUAAAUGCAGCUCAAAAUUCUGAACUAAUCGUGGAGGAAAAAUGAAACAUGCUUCGUUCUAUAUGAAUGAAGUUGUGUAAUGUGCUCGGUA